CGUGUAGCAUACUGUAUAACGGUCUGUAAGAGCAGGCAACUGGCUUCAACGACUUCUGCUCGCGUUUAAUUUUUUUUUUUUCUCUGCUAAGUUUCCAAACAAGUUCUCAGACUUUUUGAUUCAUUGAUCCUUUGCCGCUCUGCUGUUAUCUGGAUAACAUGGCCAGCUCUGGACUUCAGCUCCUCGGUUACUUCCUCUCACUGAUCGGUCUCGCGGCCACUGUUGCCGCUACUUUGAUGGUUCAAUGGAAGAAGCAGUACCAGGGCAAAACUUACCGCAUCUAUGACGGCUUGUGGAUGAGCUGCGGUGGCGAUGAGAGAACAACCUGUGAAUUUCACCAGUACCUCCUAAAGCUGCCAUCUGAGGUCCAGGCUACUAGGGCCGUGAUGCUGGUCUCCAUCUUCCUCUCCUCUGUGGCGCUGAUGGUCUCCACCGUGGGAAUGAAGUGCACCCGCUUCAUGGAUGGCAAAGCUGAGGCCAAAUCCACAGUAGCUAUGAUUGGAGGAAUCAUGUUCGUGAUUGCAGGUUUAUUGACCAUCACCAUGACCUCCUUGUAUGUCAAAAUGAUUGUCCAGAUAUCCUAUGAAUCCCAUAGCCUGCAGAGUGCUGAGUUUGGUAAUGCCGUCUUUGUCAGCUGGGCUGGCGGCUUCUUCACUGCAGCUGGAGGGGCUUUCCUAAGCUGUCGGAGAUGCUCGAAGGCCCAGAACGGGUCCAUCAGCUCCAACCACCUCCUCCCCACCACCCACCCUAAGUCAAACUACGUCUAGUGGAGGAGAGCAGGGGAGAGGCCUUGAUACAGUAAUUUCAGCAGUAAAUUUACAAAGUUGUGUUUUUACGAUAUAUGGAAAAGUCCCACUGCAUGAUUCUAAAUACUACCUAUCGAACAUGAACACAGUCACCAGGAUCAGGAUCACACGCACGAUCAGGCUGUUUGUGCCGACUUUAAAUGCAGGUUCAUAGCUUGAGCUUUUCUAUUUU